UUGCAAAUUAUAUCACCAUUAACCUAUUAGAAUUCUCUUUGUAUCACUUCUAAAUCUCUACGUCUUCAAUUGCAACGCUGUGUAAAUAUCGAAUGUGUAACCGAUUUAAAGUGGCAAAUAAGCAGUUUGGAUUUUGUCACAAGCUUUACGGGACGUUGAUACCCUGAACUCCUGUCGUGCAUUUUCACCCUGCAUUAUACCUAAUAUUACUCCGCACAAUACUGGGUAAUACGUCCUCCUCUAAAAACAAUAGUCCACGUAAUAAAAAUUAUCACCUUUUUACCCGCAUCUAACAGUGCUACUUCACUUAGCAUAGACACAGUUUAAAACACUAAUCUAUCUGUCGUGGUUGGGAGAAAAACACACCAUUUGAAACAAAAAAUAUAAAUAAGAUCCGGUUGGUCGGACAGGAAGUAAGGAAAGACUCAUGGCGCCCGACUAGAAAGAACCAACAAUUAUCGGUUCCAAAUUAGUCUUCUAUUUAGCGCCUCUACGCUUAAGGAUACGCUUCUCUUCGAUUAAACACGUUAUGGAUUCAGAGGAGAAUGAGGUGGAGAGCAGCAGUGAUGCAGGCCCUUCAGGAAUGGAGGAGCCAUCUGAAAGCGGCAUGGGAAUGGAGUCAUCGGAGGCCAUGUCUGCAGACAGCAGCGAUGCUGCUGCUUCUCAUGCACAGGCCCCAGAGUCAGACUGUCACGUGGGCCAGAGCUCAGAGGGAGUUGUGGUAUUUAUCCCAGAAACCAGCUCCAGUACAGAUGUUAGAGUGUCCUCAGUUCAUCUUCCAGACUCUUCCUCGGUGGCCCAGUCCACCAGCGUGUCCAGUGUCUCCACAGUGACUCAGUCGGUGCUGGUGUCUGAGUCAGCCCAGGUGCUGGUCCAUUCCAGCGCCGUGUCUGAGGGAGCCAUGAUGGUUUCUGACUCCACUGCCUCCACCUCGUCCGAUUUGGGUUCAGCCAUCGACAAGAUCAUAGAAUCCACUAUCGGUCCUGAUAUCAUGAAUGGGUGCAUAGCUGUUACAAGUGCAGAGGAUGGAGGAGCAGAGACUACCCAGUAUCUGAUAUUACAAGGGCCAGACGAUGGAGCUCCUAUGGUAGCACAGAUGUCUUCCUCUGCCCUGUCCAACCGUGUUGCCGUAGAAGCUCUCGCUGAAGGUCCCACAUCCACCUGUUUCGACCAAGGAGACCUACAUGGCAUUCCUGAACCAGACCAGCCUGACGACCAGCCUGGACACUCCGGUUAUCCAGAGGACAGCAGCAGUCAGCCUGACCAGCCCCAACACUCCCAUCCCUCCCAAUACAUGGAGUGCAGCGCAGACGGCCCCGACCAGACCGAGGAGUCCUCUUCUUCCUACGUGGAGUGCUCAGGAGAGGAACCUGACCAGACUCGCUCCCAGUCAGGCUUCGCUGACUACAGUGGAAGUAACAGUGACCAUGACCUGCCAGGAUAUGUGGAGUGCAGUGGAGCUGACUCAAAUCCCACCAGCCGAAGCCACUACGUGGUGGAGUGCAGCACGGGGUAUCUGGAGUGUGCAGUGGACGAUGGAGAGCAGCCACAUCAUUCACGCAGCUACAUUGACAGCAGUGCAGACCACCGGACCCAGACGGGCCGUCAGUAUAUGACCGAAUAUGGGGCAGAAUGUGUUGCAGCUGCAGAUUCGGAGCAGCCUGGCUGUUCCCAGUACCGAGCAAGAGACGACGAUGAGGACGAUGAGCAGAACCAGGAUCCAGAUCAGCCGCAGCACUCUCAACAACAGCCUCAGCAUUCCUGUUACACAGAGAACAGCAACGGCCCUGAGGCCUCCGUCUAUGCUGAUGACAGUUCCUCAUCCGACCACCCGCUGGCUGACACAGCCGGGUCAGGGGGGCUUCCUGAGGCAAUGGAAUGCAGUGAAAGCCAGACAGGGCUGUACAUCAGCAGCAGUGGCACCUAUACCUCCAAUCCAGAACCCGAACUGGCCCAGCAGAGCUCCUCCAGCCAAGAGGAGCCCCAAGGUUCCCAGGACGAACCCAAGCCGGCAAGGGACAUGGAGACAUCAAGUGUCACUGUGGGCUCUGGAGACCAACCGCCAAACCUUGCUGAAUUAGAGGAGAUGAUGGAAGUUGUGAUUGUGCAGCAGUUCAAGUGUAAGAUGUGCCCAUAUAAGAGUGCCUCCAAAGAGACGCUCAUCAACCACAUGCGAGACAAACACUUCAAACCUGCAGGGGAAAUGCCCAAGAAGCGUAAGCGUGGACGACCUCCUAAAAGUGAAACACUAGCCCGUCAAAAAGCACAGAGGGAGGAGGCAGAACAGAGGAAGGCGGCAGAGGUGAAAACUGCUGAGCCCAAACAAGCUGCAGAAGAGGAGGAUGAUAUUGUGGAUGCUGGAGCCAUCGAUGAUCCUGAAGAGGAUAGUGACUACAACCCCGCAGAUCCAGAUUACAAAGGGAGGCCACCGGUUGUGAAGAAACAAGCUACUCCAAUCUCCUCCUCCUCGCAUGGGCGCCCUCGACGAAAGGUCGGGCGUCCAAGGAAGUACUGUGUUUCAGACGAGGGCUAUGGCAGCAAGGAAGCAGAAAGCGUUGCUAAGGGGCCAAGGGUUAGCACGGAUGCAAGUUUAUCCGAAGAAGCAAGCUCUUCUGGUUUAGGCAACGGUCCAGCGACAAUAACUGAUGGAGAAACAGCCGAGGCAACUAUAAGCCAGUCAGACUCCGAGAACAAAGACCCCUCAUCCAAUUCACAGGCAGAGGAGGAAUUCUUCCCGAGGAAGCGUGGCAGACCAUCCAAGCGCUUCUUACGGAAGAAAUAUAAAAAGUAUAUAAAUCGAAACCGCUACUAUAAAUCUCUCAAACCACUCUUGAGACCUCACAACUGCUGGAUCUGCGGCUCACGUUUCCUCACUCAAGAGGAUUUGCGCUUCCACGUGGAUUCUCAUGAAGGCAGCGACCCAGAGCUUUUUAAAUGCCUGCAGUGCAACUACCACUGCAAGCGCUGGUCUUCACUCAAGGAACACAUGUUCAAUCAUGAGGGCACAAAGCCAUUUAAAUGUGAUGAGUGUGACUACACCAGUGUAUAUAAGAAAGAUGUUAUCCGACACUCAGCAGUCCACAACAAAGAGAAGAAAAGAAAGACAGAGGUGGCACCAAAAGUGUCAGAGUUCCCCUGCCCUUUGUGCAGCAGGGUGUAUCCUAUGCAAAAGAGACUGACCCAGCACAUGAAAACCCACAGUUCAGAGAAACCACACAUGUGUGAUAAGUGUGGGAAAUCCUUCAAAAAGCGGUACACAUUCAAAAUGCACUUACUGACCCACAUCCAGAGUCUUGGUGAAAACAAGUUCAAGUGUGAGUUUUGUGACUAUACUUGUGAAAACAAGAAGCUGCUGCUCAACCAUCAGCUGUCGCAUACCAACGAUAGACCCUUCAAGUGUGAUUACUGUAAAUAUUCCACUUCCAAAGAGGAGUUCCUGGUCUCCCAUCUAGCCAUCAAACACACAGGGGAGAAGCCCUUUUCCUGUGACAUGUGUCACUUCAUGACCAAGCACAGGAAGAACCUGCGUCUUCAUGUACAGUGUCGCCAUCCUGAGACUUUUGAGGAGUGGUCCGUGGCUCACCCUGAAGAGCCUGUGCGGAGAAGACGAAAACCCUUCUUCACUCUGCAGCAGAUUGAAGAACUUAAACAACCACAGGACGACACCCAGGGUCUUCAGAACACUGUAGUCACUGUGGAUUCUGCGACACUACAAGCAAUGCAGAGUUUGGAAAAUGCCUCCGUUUCCCAAGAUGAGUUGGGAAACACCACUAUUAUCUAUGAACAAGCUGAAUCCAGUGAUCUGACAGCUCAAAAUGCCUUGGAUCUACUUCUGAAUAUGAGCAAUGCUCGGGAACUAGUUGGGAACUCCUUACAGGUGGCAGUGCUGAAGUCAGAUGGGAAAACAGUGGAAAAGGGAGCACUGAGUGCAGCGUCAGGCCAGGCCCAAAAGAUCGUGACCUUCCAUGUGUCUGAGAACGGUGAGACGGUUCUACAGGAGGCUUAUGAAGCAGCCACCUCUGAAACUGGAGAGCUGACGCACAUUGCCAUUGAAGCCUAUGAGGAGGGAGGAGAAUACAGUAUGGUGGAGCAUCCCAGUGGAGAGAUUGAUAGUCCCGAAUUCAGCAACAGUGAGAACAGCCCAUCCCAGGCUUUAGAGGUCUCUGGGUCAGAGAGCGUCAAAAGUGAAAAGUUCUAUCUUACUUCAGCUCUGGCUGACGGUGUAUUGCAACAAGUGGAGCUGAGCAGCGAUUCCCCAAGUUCCCCUUCAGCGGUGAGCUCUCCCAGUGUCAGCACCAAAAGGUUUUCCUGUCGAAUCUGCAUGGAGUCUUUCCAUGGACGCUCUGACAUGGAGAACCACAAGAGGGCACACUUGGAUGCAAACACUUUCAAGUGCCCUGACUGUGAGUUCACAUCCACCUCCUGGCCCGAGGUCAAGACUCACAUGGGCCUGCAUUCUUAUCUACGUCCUCAUAAGUGUCCAAAUUGCAGCUUUGCUUCAAAGAACAAGAAGGACCUGCGCAGACACAUGAUGACCCACACCAACGAGAAACCUUUCGCUUGCAAACUUUGUGGGCAAAGAUUUAACAGAAAUGGCCAUUUGAAGUUCCACAUGGAGCGUCUCCACAACCAGGAUCAUCCCGCUCGAAAAAACCGUGCAGGCACAUCUCAGCAAACCAUUAUUGUCAACAGUGAUGAAGAGGCCUUGGCUACACUUCAGUGUAAGGGACGCAGGGCUCCUCCAAUGGUGGAACUGCAGCUAUCAUUACAGGGACAUCAGACUGUGAUCACACCAGAGAGACUGCAGGCCCUGGGGCAAGAUCACAUUAUUGUUGCUCAAGAACAGGCGUUAUCAGACCAGGAGGAAGGUACAUACAUCCAGCAGAUAACCACUAUAGAUGGGCAGACUGUUCAGCACCUGAUGACUGGAGAUAACCAGGUGACUGAGGUCCAGUACAUCAUUUCACAGGAUGGAGUAACGCAUGUUCUUCCUCAAGAGUAUGUAGUUGUAGCUGAUGGUAACCACAUACAGAUGCCAGAUGGACAGAUCAUUCAAUAUGAGCAUGAUCAACAGAUUGCUGUAAGUCACGAUGGUCAGAUCCAGUACCUGCCUGUUAGAUCAGACCAGCAGAUCAUAAAUCCUGAAGACCUGGAGGCUGCUGCCCACUCUGCUGUCACAGCUGUAGCAGACGCAGCUAUGACGCAAACCCAGACAGUCUACGCUGAAGCAACGCCCGAACAGCUGGAACAGCUGCAGCAGCAAGGCAUCCACUAUGAUGUCAUUACUUUCACCAAUGACUAGCGGGACAAUUGGAAACCACCAUGAGCUUGUAGAACAGUGACCUCAGCUUACAUGUGCAUCCAUGCGUUUAGCUAGCCGGACAAACACCGUACCUCCUGCACAGCAUCAUCUGCUCCUGGCAGCUGCAUUAUACAAGAUCAACAGCUUUUAUAAUUCAGAUUAUUGCACUUAUUCCUGUGACCCUUGCAGAGCUAAUUCGAGCAACAUCUGUCUGCUCUAUCUUCAUUAAAACUGCAUUUAUGUGCCUCAACUGCUUCUACUUGCAAGACAAUAUUAUCAGUAAAAAAUGCAAUGGCUACCAUGUUUUAGAAAAUGUUGGAUACCCUAGUUUUGUGGCAGAAUGAAAUGAAAAGGGAGUGUUUAUUUUUGAUUUGUUAUAAGUUAUCUUUCAUGUUAGCUUGCUGUAACAUGUUUUUUGAACAUUGCUGUACAUAAAUUUUGCCUUCUGUUAUAUUAUGGACAAAAGUGAGUACAAAGUGUAUUAUAAGUCAAAAGCUUUCACCAAAUAAAUCGCUUUGUGUAUAUACAUGCAUGUACUGCUUAAAGUAUCCAUACAUUUUUGGUUGUUUUCCUAGCUGGUGAGUCAUUCUAAGGAUGUUUUUCCAUAACAGUUUCCAAAGGCAGAUAGCAAAUCUACAUAAACCUGUUUUAAGGUCAAAACAGAAAUGUUAUUGUCCUUUUUUCACAAGAUGCUAAGAAAAGGGGGAAAGUAUAUGCUGUAAUGUUGAUAAAGGAGCGAAAGCAUAAUGGAAAAAUAAAAAUAAAAAGGUGACAAACAUCAUUAGACACGAGCAUUACCCACUGAAACAAAGUGAAACUAUUCCAGUUGGCUUUUUACAGUCUCACAGUUUUAAAAUGGUUUUGGGUUC